AUCAUUAUCGUGCCAAUGUGUGUUUGUUUUGAGCUCGCUUUCCCGAACAAAUACACCUUGGCGUGUCGACACAGUAAAGGGACAUCCGGAAGGAAGUGAUGCAAUCAAUUCAAUUAAGCUUACUUAUAUACAGUUGAGUUUCCUACAGAAUAUCCACACAUCCUGCUUUCACCGCCUCAACCGGCAGCUUCCACACGCGGAUCAGAAUACACACUGGGCUCUCCGGUUUGCUGCUACACACACUGAAUAAGGACCACUGAGAAAAUUCUCACACUAGCUCUGAAUCUAACGGAUAAAAAGAAUGAAGUUUACCAUAAUCACAUUUUGCCUGAUUGGAGCAGUUUUUGCCAACCCAAUUUCAUUCAAUGCAGUUUUGGAAUCAAGUGAGCUUGACCCAAACUCGACUGAAAGUGUGUCUGUCUCACAAUCAUCUGAAAAUGACACUUCAGAGCUUCAGAGCUCUGAAGAAAAUACAUCAAGUCAAAGUCAGAGUUCAGAGUCAGAAUCAGAGUCGUUAGAAUCCACAUCAGAGGACAAGACUUCAGAGGAGGGUAACAGUCAAUCAGAUGAGGAUGACGGGACAGACUCUAUGGCUGAAACCAGAGAUAAUAGCAUGGGCAGUGAGGAGAAUGUUCGAAAGAGUUGGGUUCGAGUGUUUUCAAGUGUCAUCAAAGUCCUGAGCGCAGAGGACAACAGCAGCACAGAGGUUGAGGGUCAGUCGGACCACUUGACUGAGAAACAGGCCAAUCGUACCUCCACCAGCGCCACUUUCAGACAGAGGACCAACACCGCUAAGGGUCACACAAACCUACCACUGGUGGAGAAUCCCAGCGACAGCAGUGACACCACCAGUGACAGCGCAGACAGCAGUGACGUUACUAGUAUAACAGCUGUCACCACUUCCAGCAGUGAGAGCACCAGCAGUGAAAGCAAUGAGACCAGUGAGGACAGUGACAGCAGCGACGCCAGCAAGAGCUCAGAGGAGAGUAAUGCCACUGACAGCUCCGAGCUUCAACAAAUCAAAACCCAGGACUGUGUGAAUGGAACGCAGAGCUGUGAAAGUGAGGAGCACUUCUUCCAGGAUAUAGGCGACGAUGCUCAUUACUCAGUGGACAAUCUUAUGAUGCCAGAUGAGGCUGAAAGGGAGUUAAGUCUACGGAGAUGAUGGCAUGCACUUGUUAAGCUAUAUGUUCCCCACUAUGAACUACAAUACCAUUACAUAUCCUGUAUUGAAGACUUCAGGAUAACAAAUUUGCUCUUGCCCAUCGCUUCUGAAUGUUCAUUUUGGCAUUAUAAUGUUACCUGCAGCUGAGUGAGCUUUGUGUGUAUGAUAUUGUGAUGAAGAUGUAUCCUAAGCAUGUAGUUGUUUUAAUGAUAAUAAACAAAUAAUAUAACCAUG